AUGCCAGCCGCAGGCGGUGGGCAUCGAGGCUGCGGGGCGCCUGCGGCGUUCUCUCUCUUUUUUCUUUUCUUGUUUUUCGUUUUGUUUGCUGAAGCAGCAGUAGGAACGGCGGCAGCAGCAGCAGAAUCAGGAGCAAGAACAACAGCUGCAGGAGUCCCAGCUGCUGCUGAUAAAGAGCCGGAUGUAGCAGAGGAGGAGGAGGAAGAUGAGGGGCCUCCAUGCACCACAGGCUUGAGAGAUGCAAUAAAUGCUGCAAUAACUCAUAUGCAAGGCGAACAUUAUGUCCCUAGUCAGUUGAUGUAUCGGUACAAGAAGCUACCUUACGUGCCUCUAUUGCUGUGCCCUCCAUUGCCUCUUUAUUUGGAGUCAACUUUCUGGCCUUCUUUGUCUUCUCUUCACCCCUCUGAUCUUCUUUUAAAAGUGCUUGAACGAAACACUAUUCGAGUAGCAUCAUACGGAGCUCCUUCUCCUCAUCAGCAUCCUGAGGGACCCCUCAGGGCCUUCAAAGGAUACGACUGGGGUGAUGAAGGCAAUUACUCCAAAGACCCGCCAACUGGGUAUUUUCCGGAUUACUUACGUUAUUUGGCGAGGACUAUUGGCGUUCACUAUGGGCGUCCGCUGCGUGUAGAGUGGCUGUUUUAUACAACGGGAUCUGCUUGUUUGCAUGCAGUAUUAGAUGGGGAGGCAGAUAUGACAGAUAUAUAUUUCUUGCAGUCAACGGCCGAUGAUGAUUCUUUAAAAAACUUAAGCAAACCACCACCUACAGCUCCUACCCCAACAGCUACAACAGCAGCAGCAGCAACAGCAGCAACAGCAACAGCAGCAGUAGCAUCACCCGCUGCAGCAGAUGCUGCUAAUGCUGCAGCUUCUUCUGCUUCUCCUGAUGGUGCAGCAGCUGCUGCAGGUGGAGCUUCCCAGGGACAGCCGUCUUUAGAAGACCUCUUAGAGACUACCCCUCCUGUCUUGAUGAAUUCACGAAUAGCAGCAGCAGAUAAGGGGUUAAUGGGUGCUUAUUUCUACCGUACAUGUCCUAUAGUUGGCUCAAGUGCAGUGUUUGUUACGAGAAAAGAAUUAAACCUCAAAACUUUCAGAGAUAUUGUUGUCUACUUGAGGUCUCACCCCCUAGAUAUGAAGCAGCCUGUGGCCUUCUUAACAUCAGCAAAUCAAAGACAACUAGCUUUCCUUCUACCUUCCUCCACUCCCUACAUUGUCCUCAGCAGAAGACUGGGUUUGGCUGCGACUCGAGCGUCGAAGAUUUUGGGGAUAUUUAUGACUGGCACUCCUCGACAAGAAGAACUGGCGCCUGCAGUUACUGCAGCUGCAGCAGUGCAGCAGCAACUGCAGCAGCUGCCCGUAUUUGCUGCUGCAGCAGCAGCUGCCCGCAUUUGCUACUGCAGCAGCAGCUGCAGCAGCUUCCUUACCUGCCUUACCACACGGCCCAUGCACAGCAACAACACAACUGCUACACCACUAGCAGCUGAAGCUACCGGUGUGCCGCAGCAGCAGCAGCAGCAGCAGCAACAGAGACAGCAGCAAUGGCAGCAAGACCAGCAGCAGCAGCUGCAGAGGAAGGAGCCCUCAGCAGUAGCAGAGAAGAAAAGACUCAAAUCUGCUGCGACAGAAGAGGAACACAAAACAUCUUUGGCGCUUAAACACUGUAGCCAGGAACUCUGCAGCAGCAGCAGCAGCAACAGCAGCAGCAGCAGCAGCAACACCAGUAGCAGCAGCAGCAACACCAGCAGCAGCAGCAGCAACACCAGCAGCAGCAGCAACGGCAGCAGCAGCAGCAGCAACACCAGCAGCCACAGAAGCAGCCGCAUUCAAGCCGAUAUAGUAUUAUGA